CUUCGACACGCUAGGUGGGACCCAGUUGUCCCAAGCGGCUAGUUGUUCUAGAAGCUCUCAACCCAUGCCUUGCCAGGCUUGUGUGCCUGCCCGUUGUCCCCCCACUGUAGCAUUGAAUCGACGUAAGGUGCAUUUUGGGGGGGCAGCAAUCCUGCCGCCGCCCUUCCCUCUACCUUCGCGCCAUCUUCCACACCCUCCCCUCCUCCAGCAGCACCUCACCUCGUCCCAAUAUUCCUACCUGCUUGUCUGAACCGGGCCUCGUACCCUUUUCAGGCCACCAAUUCAUUUCUAGAUAAGGUCUAGAGGUGAAGAAGAUCACUGCAAGUAUAGGACUGUCAGGUGUGGCGUCGAGGACUGGAAAGACCUGAGUUACCUCCCUCUAGGAGCCAUGGCACCGUCAAAGUCGAGGAAGGUUGCUAUUGUCGGCAGCCGAUCUGUGGGCAAGUCAUCGCUUGCGGUGCAGUUUGUCGACGGCCACUUUGUGGAGAGCUACUACCCUACAAUUGAAAACACCUUCAGCAAGAUCAUCAAGUACAAAGGCCAGGAGUUCUCCACUGAGAUCAUCGACACCGCUGGACAAGAUGAGUACAGCAUAAUGAACAGCAAGCACUUUAUCGGCAUCCAUGGCUACAUGCUUGUCUAUUCGGUUGCAUCCCUCCAGUCCUUCGAGAUGGUCCAGGUCAUCCGGGAGAAGCUGCUGAAUCACCUGGGCGUCGAGUGGGUCCCCAUUGUCAUUGUGGGCAACAAGAGCGACCUGCGCCCCGAGCAGCGCCAGGUCACCACAGAUGACGGGAAGAAGCUGUCUGAGAAGUACAACUGCGCCUGGACGGAAGCCAGCGCUCGCUAUAACGAGAACGUUGGCCGGGGCUUUGACCUUCUCAUCGCACAGAUCGAAAAGGCGCAGAACCCUAAUGAGCCUCCCGCUGGCGGCAAGUGCAUACUGAUGUGAAGGAAAGCUGUGGUUGCAGAGAUUUGUGUGUGUGUCUGUCUACCUACCACGACGGCAAACCCAGAGAGAGAGAGUGUGUGUGUGGGUUGGCCCUUGGGGUGCACCAGCAGAGCACAAUUCAGGAUGCAAAAGGCUCUUUGCCAUGGUUUCAAACAUGGUGAAGCCGGUUGGUAAUGAUUGGAGGGAUACCGGUUGCCGUGCAUGAGCAUGGCUUGAAUACGUUUCUUGGGGG